AGUGUGAGGGGCUCCCGUGUGCGGGGCCUGUGCGCCCCGAAUGUGCGGGGUCUGUGUUCCCCGUGUGCCUGAAAAACACAGCAUGAACUCGUGUGCCGGUCUGUGCUCCCGCCGUGUGCCGGGUGGGCUCCGCGCUCCUGCGAGCGCGGUCCGAACUCGCCCCAUGCGGGAGCGCGACCGCGAGUGUGGGCAAGAGCCGGCGCUCCCCGGGCCCCUGCGGGGGCUGCGGGCCGCCAGAGGAGGUCGAACUGCCCUAAUUCACCUGUAAACCGAGACGUGCGUGCCGCAGCAUGUGGCUGUCAUGUGGCUCCUCUGGCACGGACAGAUUCCUGCAGGAAUUUGUCAGCAUGCGCAGGCAUAACACUGACCCAGGCUGAAGAACAAUGGCUUCCUUCAGCAACCUGACUAUUGGCAUUGCUGUUGCCAGUUUUACUAUAUUUCAGCUCCUGUUCCAUGUUGUAAGUUCCUGGGUGUCAACACGAAUAACACCUGGUUUUAAAAAUCUCAGCCAAAAAAGGAAGAUUGAAUGGAAUUCAAGGACAGUGUCCACAUUCCACGCCUUGGUGGUUGGAGGGUUUUGCCUAUAUAUUUUGUUGUAUGAUGACGCUGUUAAUGCUGACCGUAUCUGGGGUGAUCCUUCAAUGGUGAAGCUGAAUAUUGCUAUUACCACAGGCUACCUCAUUUCUGAUCUGUUGCUUAUUAUUUGCUACUGGAAGGCAAUUGGUGACAAAUUUUUUGUAAUACAUCACUUGGCAGCUCUCUAUGCUUACUCCUUUGUACUGAGCAAAGGUCUGCUGGCUUAUUUUGGAAACUUCCGUCUACUUGCAGAGUUCUCCACUCCUUUUGUCAAUCAACGGUGGUUUUUUGAAGUGCUGGGAUAUCCCAAAUCUUCAAAGGCCAACAUCAUCAAUGGUGUGCUGAUGACAGCUGUGUUCUUCGUGGUGAGGAUUGCCGUCAUGCCUAUAUAUUACAGCCAUGUAAUUGCUUCAUUUGGAACAGAAGCUUUCCACAGAUUAGGAUUUGCAGCCCAGAGCGCCUGGAUUAUCUCAAGCGUUGUCUUGGAUGUUAUGAACGUGAUGUGGAUGGUCAAAAUUGCAAAAGGAUGCUACAAAGUCAUUUGUCUUAUUGGACGCAAGGAAGCCAAAACUCACAGAAAUGGAAAAUCUGCCUAGAAAUCAUACAUGAAAUGAAAUUUCUGCUAUGAAAAUAAUUUGGGUUCACUGAAACAGUGCACAUUUCUGCCAUGGAAUGCUCCUAUUAAGGAAACAAGGUAUUACCUCUGUACUGACCUUACUCUUUCCCUAGCCACACUGCCUGCACACCCAGGGCCACGCUUUACGGAUCCUGUCCCGUGAGGAAUAAAAGCAAAAGCUCACACA